AUGUGGAAGCAAAUUUCUAAAAAAUUAGAGCCUUUUCAAUAUACAGUGUGGACUGAGUUUACACCUUUAGCUAUCAAAAAUAAAGCAAUAAAUCUCGGUCAAGGGUUUCCUGGAUUUCCAUGUCCUGAUUUUGUAAAGGAAUCUUUAGCAGAUGCUACAAAUUCCAAUGAAAACCAAUAUUCAAGACCUCAAGGUGUCCCAGCUCUAGUUGAAGAAAUAGCUCGGCAUUAUGGAAAAAAACAUAAUAGAGUCAUAAAUCCUAUGACAGAAGUAGCUGUAACUGAAGGAGCAACAGAAGGAUUAUUAUCAGCAUUUUUGUCCAUGGUUGACACAGGGGAUGAAGUCGUAAUUAUUGAUCCUUCCUUUGAUUUAUAUGUACCACAGACGAUUUUAGCUGGAGGAAUCCCUAAAUUGGUUUCUUUAAUUCCACCAGAAGCUGGACAGACAAAAUGGGGAGUAGAUUUUGAAAAAUUAGAGCAAGCUUUUAACGAAAAAACCAGGGUCUUUGUCAUUAAUACUCCACAUAACCCUUUAGGAAAAAUGUUUUCAAGUGAAGAACUGCAAAAGAUAGCUCAGAUUUUGGAAAAAUGGCCAAAUGUAGCUAUUAUUUCUGAUGAAGUUUAUGAACAUAUUGCAUUUAAUGAAAACAAACAUUUAAGCUUAUGCGACUUUUCCAAUCUUUGGGAAAGAACUGCAACAUUCAGCAGCGCAGGGAAAAUUUUUUCUGUGACCGGUUGAAAAAUAGGCUGGGCUGUCGGAGGGCCAGAAAUUAUGAGAAAAAUUUCAACAUCUCAUUUGUGGACGACUUUUUGCUCAAACACCACAUGCCAAGGAGCCGUCGCAAGGUCGCUUAGAAUGGCUGAUAACCCUUAUAUGGGCUUUCCUGACUAUUAUCAAUGAAUUGCUAACCAAUAUUCCAGGAAAAAAGAAAUUUUAUAUGAAAUAUUAUCAAAUACCAAAAAAUUCAAAAUCGAGCCUAUGGAGCCUGAAGGAGGGUUUUUCUUGCUAGGGAGGGUAAAUCCUAAUGAUAUUGACCCAAAAUAUUUAGCCAACGGAAGCCCAGAUUUCGCAUUUUGCAGAUGGAUGACAGAAAAUUUAAAAAUUUGUGCAAUACCCUGCUCAGCAUUUUUCAGCCCCCAAAGCAAGCAUCUGGGGCAUAACUUUGUGAGAUUUGCACUGUGCAAGGACUAUUCCGAAUAUGAAGCUGUUGCAAGGAUACUUAAUUAA